UUUCGUUGUUUUUCUGACAUAAAAUCGUAACAAGUGUAGGGCAAUUGACCACCAAUCAAUGGAUACAGUUAUUCAAGAGAAUGGUUCAUCCUUUGCGGACAUAACUAUCGGAGGAGGAAGUACCAUAUCAAAUAUGAAUGAAUCUUUGAACGCGACAUCUGCAAGCAGUGAGCCAGAAGAGUCCAUCACAACAGUUUUGGGAAAUUAUCAUGAAACACAAAUAGAUGAAUUUUGUGCACAAUGUAUGAAGAAAGGACGAAAAGAAGCUGCUGCUACGCAUUUCUGUAAGCAAUGUAGUCGUUUUGGAAAAUACAUCUGUCAAAAUUGUCUGAAGACUCACAACGAAUGGUCAGGUCAUAAAAAAAUGUACUCACUUUCUGAAUGGAAAAGAAAGGAAGAGAAGAAUAAAACAUCUGCCACAGUGCUGAAGGGAAAGGGCGUCAAAACACAAAAGGACAUUGAUGAAUGGUUAGAGAAGCACCGUUCAAUAGUCACAAAACCUGAAAGACCAGUUGAAACCACACUGACAUCUGAAGACGAUGAAACUAAUUUUAAUUCACUUAGUUUAAGUGCUGCGAACGGCGAUUCAUCAACGCUAACGGGACACACGAUGCAAACCCCACCAGAAGAUUACAGCUAUAGUAUGCCAACACAUGAUUCUAGAAGCGUGGGGAGAGAAUUUUCAGGGAACGGCGAUUCAUCAACGCUAAGGGGACGCACGAUGCAAACGCCAUCAGAAGAUUACAGCUAUAGUAUGCCAACAAUUGAUUCUAGAAGCGUGGGGAGAGAAUUUUCAGGGGGAGAGAUAAACAACUCCCAAUGGAUUUUACAACCGGCACCGCCAACCAGUCAACAAAAUCGAGAAAACUCACAAACCAGACCUAAUGCUGGGUAUGACAUACUAAUAUCAAACAAUCUAAGUAGGGGAUACGCCGAAUUAAACAGAUCUGAUCGUAAUGUACCAUCAUAUUAUAAUGAUAGGAGACGAUACAGUCAAAAUCAAAAUUAUGAAGAUUUUGGAUACGAAGUGUUACAAUACAGCUCAAGGUCACAGUAUCAGAGUCAUAUGAACUGCAGAAUGGACAACUACAGUGUGGUUCCGAAAUAUAAUCCAAUUUUCGAGGAGUCGGAUACUUCUACCAGGGAAAAGAAGACCGACCGUAGAUGUUCCAUUUUGUAACGAUUAUCAUUGUCAGGAGGAAUCAUUGUGAAGAUAGACAAACACAGUCUAAUGCAAGGCCUUUUCAGAGGAUACCAGUCAAAUGCUGAAAGUAAUACAGGCAAUGCAAAGACGACUUCAUAUUAUAAUCAUUCAUUGGUUUCUCGACUUUAACACUUCGUCGAUUUUGUAAAGUUCCAUAUAUCAACAAAAUUAUUCGUAUGGGCUAAGCUCUUUUAAAGUUGGCAUCCAUGUUACAAGAAUAAAAAGAGAAAUAAAUAAAUAAAAUAAAGUCGACAACAUGUUAUUUAAACAACUACAGAAUAUUUGUUUGCAUUAUAUUUCAAUUUGUUGUAGACUUAUUAUACUUGUAUCAGGAUCUGACGUUUGACAUUAAUCAAAUGUAUAAUUUUCUUUGCAUAAACAUGCUUACCUUCUUACUUCCAAAAUAGAUAAGACUAGUUUUGUGAUUGCCUUAUUGUCAUAUCUAAAAGAGUGGUAAAACUUAUGGAUAUAAUAUGAUAAUAUUUUCAAUAUCUAUUACAGUCAUAUUUACUUGAAAGAGCUCUUGCAUUAGGAGAGCACCUUUUCAGCUAUUAGUUCCUUUCGCUUAAUUAUAUUUAUUAAGGUAGUUCUGCACGUUUGAAUCGAAUUUUUUACUGCAAUGUAGAUUUUGAUUAAACCCUGAUUUUUCAAAACGUCAAAAUAUACUUAGAAAAUUCAGCAAAUAAAAAAUAUAGGGUCGAGUGCUUUAUUUUUUGCUAGACUGAUUUGAAAAAUUCGGACCUCACGCAAUUUUUCAUAAUGGUAGUGUAUGGGAAAAUCACAACUUUCAUAACAUUUUCGCAAAUAGAAAUCUUUUUACAAUGUAGAUUUUAAUGAAACUUCUCACAGUCAUAAAUAAACAUGUUCUAUUAUAUGGUAAAAUAAAAUGUAUAGGUCCGUGUGCUUUUUGAGAUAUCUGACCAUGAUUAAAGUGAACCGCAUGUUUCAAACUAAUUUUAAGACAUUAUUUUGAAUUAUUUAAUGUGUAACAUGUUUUAAUAUCAUAUUUUAACUUUAGAAAGAUAGUAACAUUGUAAAAAAUUACUCACGGGUUGCCAUUAAUUCAUAUCAGGCUUUAUUCUACGUUUUCCGAAUAAAUGACGUUACGCCAUCACAUUCGGUUUGUCAGACAUGCAGAACUACCUUAAGAGGCAAGUUGUACUUAGAGAUACCUUAGGUAGUCUAUUAUUGUAAUUUGUUAUGUGUGUUUUGUUUUCAGUUAACUGUUUGAUUAUUGGAUUGAAAUAUAUCUGGUUUAUUUUUACAGUAAAAUUCUAUACUUCAUAACAUGAUAUGAAUAGAAACUUUGUUUGUUUUUAUUACAUGUAAGAUCAAAACAUCUUUCAUUCACGAAUACCCUCAUCUGAAAGAUAUUUCUAUCAGAAAAUGACCUCUAUCUAUAUGGUACAAAUUUAAUCUAUUGCUUU